AUGUUUUUGAAAGGUGAAAUGAACAUCACCUGUGAUGAGGCGUUUCGCAACGCAAUCAGCGAUUUCUUCGAGGUGGUCCUCGAGAGCGAUCGGAUAGCCAGUAUGGUCAAGUCUGGCUCAUGCUCGAUGUACGACAUUCGCGAAGUGUUUAUCACCAAUAUUGAGAAACGAUUUCAAACUCACCAGCUCGUCGAGGGUCUGUCCAAGGAGAGUGUGGUGAGCGCGUGGAAAAUCAAAUUUGAUCAGAUAUGUCGCGGCGGUGAACGACCGUGCCCCGUCGCAAUGACUCUGGCUGUUCCACAGGCCGAGGUCACAAAUCCGAGCAAAGAUCAGCUGUACGAAUUGUUAAUGCGCACUCUGACCAUACAGAAAUACGAGCAUCAAGUGUUGUACAAUGCUUGUCAGCUUCAAAAUCCCUGCUUGCUUGCUUGCUUCUGUGUGUGUAUGCGUCUACGACAUCCAGUCGAGCCACUCCGGCAAAAUGCCCUACUCAUUUUCAUUUGUGCCGGAUACGAACUUAUCACCAUGAUCCGAUCGGAUGAUGGACCGAAUUAA